AUGCCUUGGCCACUACAUACAUUGGUUCUUGGAGGAAUCUUUGAAUUUAUCGGGGCAUACUGGUGCUCGAAGCAAGUAAAUACCACUGUCUCUCAGAAAAUUAUUUUGAAUUUUGAUUCGAUUAAUCUUGAUUUGCAAAAAGCUAUGAUGCUCGGAGUAACUGUAAUGAUAUUUCAGUAUUUAAAUCAUGCUUAGUUGAGUGCUAUUGGAUUUACAACUUUAUCAUCAUUUAUUGGAUUUCCUAUCUCUGGAACACACUCUAUGGUAGGGGCAUUACUAGGAGCAGGUUUAGUUGGUGUUGGAGCAAGUAAUAUCAAUGCAUCUUAGCUCUAAACUAUCGUAAUAUCUUGGUUCCUUUCUCCUCUAGUCAGUGCAUCUCUUACUUGUAUUUUUAUCACCUUUGUUUGCAAGUAUAUCAUGGAUUCUGAGAAAUUGAGCUUCAAUUUAAGAAUGACAGUGCUAUCUGUGCUCUCAGGAAUGACUUUCAUGAUCAUUGUUAUACUUACAGCAUCACUUAUAGCAGAUAUUGGGUUCAUUUAUUCAAGAUUAGCAAUUCUAUUUGAAUUAAAAUUAAUAACAAGAGAUUCUUGUCUUACUGCAAUUAUGAAGCCUUGGAAUACUUCAAUAUUCUAGGAUAAAUAUGGACAAAUAGAUGAACUUAGAAAUGACUUAAAGCUGCCAUUACUUGAUGGUUAUUAAUAAAAUCAAUAAACUUAAAAUUCCUCAAAUUCAACUUCUAUCUAGAUAUAAAAAGAACAUUAACAAGAAAUCAAUAACAAGUCUGAAUCAGACAAGAUUAUUCAAAACUCAUAAAGAUAAGGCUUUGAAAACUUUUCAAGCUCAUUAAUAACAAAAAAGCUAAUUAAAAUUAGUCAUAAGUACUAUCAGCCUACCGUAGUCGAUAAAAGUUUUAGUAUGGAUGAUAUAGCUGCUAAUGAGUAAUUAUAAACAGAAAACAAGGCAAUUAGUAUAGUCUUUAAACAUCUCAACAUAGUUUCAUCUUUACAAUUUUGUAUUGCGAAUGGCUCUCAUAACAUUGCCAAUGCAGUUACUCCUUUACUAAACACUUUCAAGUUUUAUGGCUAUGAUUAAAGCUAUAUUUAUCUUUUGGGUGCUAUUACUAUUUCUCUAGGCCUGAUGACUUUUGGGUCUAGAGUACUGGAGACUCUAGGCAAGAAAGUCAUCAUUUUGGAUUAUUAAAAAGGAUUUUGCUCUUAGUUCGCUACAUCAAUCUCUAUCAUGGUUGGUUCAUUUUUUGGAUUACCACUAUCAUCAACACAUUGUAGUGUUGGAUCACUUUUAGGUUUGAGUAUUGCAAGUCAUUUUAGCAUUAAUUAGAAGAUUUAUCCUAAUCACAGCUAAUAGUCAGAAAAUAAGAUUAAUUUCAAGGUAAUGAGUAAGAUUUUUAUCUGGUGGAUAAUUACAAUCCCAAUAGUAUUUGCUAGUACAGCUUUACUUACAAUUCUUCUUAGAAAUAUAAACUUUUGA